AUGAUGGGUUUCAGCCCGAUUGAGUACAAGACCGAGCAAAACGGUGAUGUUUGGAUCUUGGGGACGCCGCUCUUUUACGAGUACAUCGCUCACUACAACCGGGGCACCGGGCCUGAGGAGGAGGUGAGCAUGGGCUUCACCAAACGGGACCACCAAGAAUGUGGCCGCUGCGAAGGCAACGAGAUCAUCCUCCCCUCCGAAUCGCUCAUCUCAGAGAACGGAAGGACCUUGGCGGGACUGGAGUCCUUACAUCGCCUUACGAAGAAGCCCUUGGUGCGAAACAUGACCAUCAGUCAGUCCAUGUGA